GGCAAGUCUGAUAAAAAAAUGGUUGAAGAAAUUGGUGCAAUGAAGGUGCUUGCCAUUUGCACAGAUAAUGCUUCAAACAUGAAGAAAGCCUGGGCACUUAUAAAGGAAGACUUGCCCAUACACUCAACUUAAUAUUCACAGAUACGGCCAAUAUUAAGUCAAUUGAUAGCAAUCGGCGAGACUGUACAUGUGUUGUGAAGGCUAUUACAAAUUCCCAAAAGCUGACUGCUAUUCUAAAAAAAUGCCAGAAGUCAUUACCUGGCCACAGUCAAGAAUCACUGAAACUUCCAGUUAAAACAAGAUGGGGAUCAAUAAUCCACUGCAUGGAAAGUAUGAGCAACAACAGAAAUGACCUUAAAGGCCUGGCUAUUGAUGACGAAGCAAAGAAGGCUGGGCUAGACCAAGCAGUUAGAAAUCUAUUGCUCUCAGAGAUUUUCUGGGAUAGAGUGGAUGGGGUUUUAAAAUUGCUGAAACCAAUAGCAGAUGCCAUUAAUGCCGUUGAGGGGGACAAUAAACACCUGUCUAUUGGACCCAAAAUAUUCAGUGACUUAGAACAAGCAUUUAAGGAUAACAUUUCCUCGAGUCCUGUUCUGAAGAGUGAGGAAGAAUGUCUGAUGAGUAUCAUCCCAAAAAGAAGGAAAUUUUUACUGCAGCCCAUCCACCUAGCUGCAAACUUACUUGAUCCUCGUUACAGAGGAUCUCACAUCUCUGGAGAAGAAUCGAUAGAUGCAAUGGAAGUCAUCCACAACAUUGCAACAACCAACCCACAUGUGUAUGAAACUAAAGUUUUAGGGGAACUGGCAGACUACAGGUCUAAAGAAAAUUUAUUUGCCAAGUCAUUUACCUGGAAGUCUGUGAAACAAACUUCACCUACCAGCUGGUGGAAUGGCAUCUGCUGCUCCACUCAAUUAUCAAGAAUAGCCAGCGAUAUAUUAAAUCUUCCACCAACUAGUGCAGCCGUCGAGAGGUCGUUUAGUCGCCAAUCAUGGAUUCACAAUGAAAAACGAAACAGGCUAACAAAUGACAAAGCUGAGAAAUUAGUCUUUAUUUCUCAUUACUUGGCUUUAGAUGCUGAAGAAAUAGUAAAGAGGAUAAACGUAGGAAGUUUUACGGGUGAUUGUGAUGAAGGAGAAGAAGAAGAAGAUAUUGGGAUAUCUGAUUCUGAAUCAGAAAAUUCAGAAGUAUCCAUAAACAUGGAUGCAUGUGAUUCAGAUGAUAUGCCUGAUCUCUCUUAGUCUUAAUAUAAUAAUAAUCCGUGGCUUUUUCCCUUUCUGAUAUUUUUAA